AUGAAAUUUGGGUUGAUCUUGAUCAGUUUGAGUAUACAAAUACAAGCACUCAGUUUAUAAUUGAUAUAAGUGGGUGGAUGCACUUGUGAAAUGGCAUCUUUAUAAACAGAGUGUAUUCCUACAACAUGUGAUUGGGAUGCAACAUCAUCAAAAUGCACUCACAAAACAUGUGAUAAAUUUACUGUUGACAUGUGUGAUCAAUUACAAGACUAUUUUAAAUGUGCGUGGAAGGAUUCUUCAUGUUAGACAUUCACAAAAUGCUCUGAUUAUGCCUAUAGUGAUGGAUUCAAAUGUUUCAGAGUUGGACCUUGCUAAGCUGUUUUCAAAAAGAAUUCUGCUGGAUUGUAUCCAUGCACUGAUAAAACUAAUGAUUCAAUGCAUAGUAUUGACUCUUGUGCUGGAAUCGAUCAAGAAGGAUGCGUAGAAACAGUUCAAAAUGAUGGGAAGGUUUGUUAUUGGAAUCCAAGUGCAUCAGCUUGUGAAGCUUGGAGUAGUAGUGCCUGUAGUAAUUUUGAUAACACUACUUAAUCUGCAUGUCCAAAGUUCUCAUGCGAUUACAAUACUACAACAGGAAAGUGUACCACAAGGACAUGUGACCUGAUUACUGUUGAAACUGCUUGUACAAUGGUUUGGGAUAUCACACAACAGGUGGCCACCUAAUGUAAAUGGGUAAAUGCUAAAUGUGUGGAAUUUGAUUAUUCCACCUUGACAUAGCCUACCUGUCUACUUGGGUCUAGUUUAUCAUAUAGAUGGAAUUCCUCAACUUCAAAGUGUGAAGUGUGUAUUCAACCAAAAAGUGAUGAUGAUACAGAUGAUACAUCUUAUUCUGCUUUGGCCUAAGUUGUCCUUGCAUUUGUGAUUUUUAUCAAUAUAUGA